UGAGCUUUCUUCCUCAGUUGGCCUCAAGUGCUGCUGGAAGCCAGUCGGGGCGAAGUCAGUCUGCUCAGUUCACAGCACCAGCACCAUGCCUAUGACACUGGGUUACUGGGACAUCCGAGGGCUGGCCCAUGCCAUCCGCCUGCUUCUAGAAUACACAGACACAAGCUAUGAGGAGAAGAAAUACUCGAUGGGAGAUGCUCCUGACUAUGACAAAAGCCAGUGGCUGAGUGAGAAGUUCAAGCUGGGCCUGGACUUCCCCAAUCUGCCCUAUUUGAUUGAUGGAGCUCACAAGAUCACCCAGAGCAAUGCCAUCCUGCGUUACAUUGCCCGCAAGCACAACCUGUGUGGGGAGACAGAGGAGGAGAAGAUUCGUGUGGACAUUUUGGAGAACCAGGUUUGGGACACUCGCGUACAACUAGGCACGAUUUGCUACAGCCCUGAUUUUGAGAAGCUGAAGCCUGAGUACUUGGAGGGCAUUCCUGACAAAAUGAAGCUCUUCUCCCAGUUCCUGGGGAAGCGGCCAUGGUUUGCAGGGGACAAGAUCACCUUUGUGGAUUUCCUGGCUUACGAUAUUCUUGACCAGCACAGAAUGUUUGAACCCAAGUGCCUGGAUGCGUUCCCCAACCUGAAGGACUUCAUGUCCCGCUUUGAGGGCUUGAACAAGAUCUCCACCUACAUGAAGACCAGCCGCUUUCUCUCUAGACCUGUGUUUGCAAAGAUGGCCCUGUGGAACCCCAAAUAGGACGCACAGCUGUCCUUACUGGCUCUGGGACCUUGGAGACAGAUCCAGACCAGACCUGUAACCUGAGACAGUUUUGUCAUCCUUUCCCUGAAAAACCUAAGCAAUUCCAUUGUACUUAAGACCCCAUCUCAGUUCUGCGAUUUAACUCCUGGCCCACUUUAGCCCCAAUGCUAGGAAUUUAUGACAGAAA